AUGUUUCCCAAUGCCUCAGAGCCUCUCCAAAACAUCAAAUCUUCCAAGAAUGAAGAGGCGACAACGAUCGACAUCGACGAAAUCAUGGACAACGUCAGCAUCGUCCUCUAUACACUGACCAUCGUGAUCGGUGUCAUAGGGAACUCCAUGGUGGUCUGGGUGGCUGGAUUCAAGCUCAAGCCAAAGGUCACCAACGUGUGGCUGGUGAAUCUGGCGAUCGCAGACCUGAUCUUCUGCUUCACGAGGGUCUUCUCACUUGUUAAGAAGCUCUUCUUUGACUACUGGCCCUUUGGCAUCUUUGUCUGCAAGUUCAACGGCUUCUUCAAAUAUGCCAACAUGUUCUGCUCUGUGUUCCUGUUGGCUGUGAUCAGCAUGGAUCGAGCUCUGUGCGUCUGGCGACCGGUCUUCGCCAAGCGCCGACGCACCCUAUGUGUUGCAAGGAUUGUGGCUGUGUGCGUCUGGGUUGUCGCCAUAAUCUUUAGCACUCCGUAUUUUGUGGCCCGACAUAUCUACCAGGGGAAGAACAAUGGAAGUAAGUGCUCUGUGGACUCGAAGGAUGGAGGUGUGGGGAAUAACAGCGCCAAAUUGGCUCUGUACACUAUCCGCUUCCUGUGUGGCUUCAUGUUGCCCUUCAUGGUCAUCCUCAUCUGUUACAUCAUGGCCGGAAUUGGCAUCAGACGCACCCGCCUAUCAGGGAAAUCCCGCCCUCUACGUAUAUUAGCAUCACUGGUCAUUGCUUUCUUCGUGUGCUGGGCGCCGUACCACUGCCUCCUGCUGGUGAAGAUGGUGGACAGUAAGAACAAGGUGGUGAAGAUCUGGCAUCCUCUGGCAAAGGGGAUUGCCUACUUCAACAGCUGUGUGAACCCGCUGCUGUACUUCUGCAUGGGGCUGGAGGUGAGGGGGAGGUUCAGACAGAGUCUGGCGGGGGUUUACAAGAGAGCUCUAGCGGACGAUGUGGACGGACAGACGACUCAAUCCAACGACCGAUCAUUGGAUGACAGCGCAGUGUCGAAACACAGUGCUGUUGUGGUGUCAGCGAGGAAUCAAGCUUCAGAGGAUGUAGCUAAAGUUUAAGUCUUUCCCCAGUAACU